GGUAUAUGGCCGAGCGCAUUUUCGAAUCUAAUUCGAGUAACCCUAGGGCCAGAACUUAUGGAUGUAUGUGGAUCGGCGAGGGACUGGAGAGCUAUCUUUGGAGUUUAUGUGGCGGCAGAUGUCCUACCGCUCCUUUUCGACGGCUCUGAGGCUCGUCCGUCUCCUUAGAGCUACCUCUACGACCGACGCACUCUACUCGCUAAACUCGUACACAGGCUAUGAGUACCAAUAACCCACGAGCUCUCAAGCUCAAGAAGCAGUUUGACCUGCUUAUAAAUGGGAAGCAGCCUCUAACGAGGCAGAACUAUUUGCUCUUCGUCGAGGCUUUAUGUCUAGAGCCGAAUGUCGCUGCAUGCAUCAGCAAAGUCGCUGGGAGUCCCAAGGGUCUUGACUGUGUACAGUCAUCCAUGCGCAUCGAUCUAUCGCCAGCCUUCCUGAAUGGAGUCGCCACUGAUGUGCUCAAGUACCUCUCCGCCCCUGAGCUCGCAGAUAUUGGAGGCGGCGUGUACCUCCAACGCGUCGUAACAUCCAUCGUCGAUCCUCCCAUCUUUUGGGAUGUCUUUCGCAUGGCGUUUCAGGCGGGGCAGCUCCAGCAUCAAGCCGAGUGUUGUUUCGCCUGGCUCUUGCUUCAACUCGUCUCACUUCCAGGAGACCAAUCUACUCCAUAUCUCGAGCUCGCGGAGGAUCCCAGUAUCACGGAUGCGCUCAUCUCCUCAUCUUCGGACGAUGCACGGUCGUUCGCCCACAAGAUCAAACAUAUUCUCACUACUCGCGGCACAGGCGCGGUCGUCGACCUUGAAUACGGCCCCGGUGGCCGUCACGACAACGACUUCACCGACUUCAGGCAGAUCGCCAUCCUUCCUACUGCCGACGAACUGAUGUCCAAGGAGCCCGCCUUUCUCCGUCCAAGCGAUGCGCUGGACGUCGUCGAGACCGAAGCCGAGCGUGUGGUCACGCACCUCGACAACCAGUUCCGUUUGAUGCGUGAGGAUAUGUUGUACGAGAUGAGGGAAGAGUUGCAGAUGAGCGAGGGAAAGAUCGCGAUAAAGAAGGCGAAGAGGAGGGGGUUUAUCAUGGAUGGACUUCGACUUUUGGAUGUCCACUACGAGGAUGGGAAGAAGUGCAAGUGGGGUCUCACUUUCCAGUGCCCGGUAGAUUUCUGGCAGUUCAAGGGCGUAAAGCCUAAGGACCGCAAGGACUAUGCACUGAAGAAUCCCAAGAUUUUCAGACAUCAGUCAAUGACGUGUCUCCUUGCAGACGAUGGUGUUGUUGCCUUUCCUUCAGUCAACCGCGACCUCGAUCUCCUCGCAAAGAAUCCCCCAGUCAUCGUCUUGCAGGUCGAGGGCCAAAAGACAGCAGCGUACACACUCCUGAAGUUACGCAUGGCGAAUCGCAUCAAGCUCAUUCAGAUCGACACUGCCGUUUUCUCCUACGAACCCAUUCUCACGGCACUCCAGGAGAAACAGGACCUUUCCCUCUCACCAGAGUUGUUGUCGUGGACGACGGAGAGCUCCCUUAGAAGUCCCUUUGACCAGCCUCGAUCGGUCGUAGACGCAAUCAAGGCGAAUCCUGGACAAGACCUUCAACCUCUCCUGAAGUCUAGUCGCUCGAUCAAGCUCGACAAGGCGCAGGCAGACUCUCUGCUCGCAGGCCUGACUCAGAAAGUAUCGUUGAUACAGGGACCGCCUGGCACGGGAAAGUCGUUCAUUGGCGCCUUGUUGGCCAAGGCCAUCCACGACUUCACGUCGCAGACUAUCUUGGUCGUCUGCUAUACGAACCACGCCCUCGAUCAAUUCCUCGAGGACCUUCUGGACACCGGUAUCCCAGAAUCCAGUAUCGUUAGGCUCGGCGGUAAGUCUACCCUGCGCACCGCCAACCUGUCCCUCCGCAACCAGCCAAAGAAUGCCGGACCGAAAUGGGGGAAGGGCGACUGGAGCGAGAUCAACUCCCUUCGAACACAGGCUGACAUCCUCGCCGAUGCUCUCGUCCGCGAUUUCGCUCAAUACAAAGCCGCACACGCUAGUGCCGACCAGAUCAUGAUGCAUCUGGAGUUUGACCACCCCGAGUACUUCGAAGCAUUUCAAGUUCCCACAUCGCAGGAUGGUAUGAGAAGGGUGGGAAAAGGGGGGAAAGAUGUUGGCGAGGACUAUCUUCUCAACCAAUGGCUGAACAACAAGGACGGCGGUAUGUUCAAGAAUUCUCCAAAUAUAAAGGAUGCUCGGGAGAUCUGGAAUAAGCCGUCGGAUCAGCGACGCGCUGAGGUUCAGCGUUGGCAGGAAGAGAUUCUCAAGGAUGUUGUCGACCAGUUUGUUGACACCGCGGUUCGGUACAACAAGACCCAGACCGAGAUCGACCGAAAGUAUGGGGAGAAUAAUGCAGCGAUCUUGUGCAGCAAGCGUAUUAUUGGGUGUACGACGACUGGAGCGGCGAUGCACAGAGAGAUAAUCGAGGCGUGUAAACCGGACGUCCUUCUGGUCGAGGAGGCCGGUGAGAUCCACGAGAGUCACGUUUUGACGGCCCUCUCCUCUCACACCGAUCAGCUCAUUCUGAUUGGUGACCACAAGCAACUGCGACCCAAGGUCAACAACUAUCUGCUUUCGGUCGAGAAAGGCGAGGGCUAUGACCUCAACCGAAGUCUCUUCGAACGUUUGGUGCUUAGAGACUACCCCCACACGACUCUUCGCGAGCAACACCGCAUGCGACCAGAGAUAUCAGAGCUUGUUCGUCACCUCACAUAUCCGGAUCUCCUUGAUGCUCCCAGGACCAAGGGCCGAGCCGACCUCAUGGGCAUCCGUGACAAUGUCGUCUUCAUCAACCACGAUCAUCCGGAAGACGAAGACUCUCAGCUAGAAGAGCGUAGGGACAUGAACGCCAAGUCCUCGAAACAGAACAAAUUCGAAGUCGAUUUGGUUUUGAUGAUUGUCCGCUACCUUGGUCAACAGGGCUACCGUUCAGACCAGAUCGUCAUUCUCACCCCUUACCUGGGUCAGCUUCGGCAACUUAAAGACGCCCUCUCGAAAACCAACGAUCCAGUCCUCAACGAUCUCGAUACGCACGACCUCGUCAAAGCCGGUCUUAUGUCACCUUCAGCAGCAAAGGUUACGAAGACGCCUAUACGUCUUGCUACCAUAGACAACUAUCAAGGCGAGGAGAGCGACAUUGUCGUUUGCUCCCUCACCCGAAGCAAUCCGUCAAAUGACAUCGGCUUCAUGGUCUCUUCAGAACGAGUCAACGUCCUUCUUUCCCGAGCUCGCAUCGGACUCAUCCUCAUCGGCAACAUGCAUACAUUUAUGCACUCUCGAAAGGGCGGCGAGGUUUGGAAGAAAUUGUUGGAGUUCCUGAAAGAGAAGGGCCAUAUCUACGACGGACUGCCUACGCGAUGUGAGCGCCACCCGGAUCGACUGGCGCUUCUGAAGUGUGCAGACGAUUUUGACAAGGAGUGUCCGGAUGGCGGUUGUACUCAACCUUGUGGAACCAUGUUGAGCUGCGGUCUCCACGCUUGCCCAUCGAAAUGUCACCAACUCUCCGACCACUCAAAAAUGGCAUGCGAAUACAUCAUCUAUUCGACUUGUUCGAAAGGUCAUCGUCAGCAAUACAAGUGCCACAAGGGACCUCCUGCGUCAUGUACGAGGUGCGACGCGGACCAGAAGGCGGCGGAGAAUCGAAAGCAGGAGGAAUUCGCGCGGCAGGAGAGACGUGACGCCGAUCAGCGCAAACACGAUCAGAAAAUGGCUGCAUUGAACGAUGAGAUGGCUCGUAAACAGGCUGCACUCCGCGAUGCCCAGCUCGAGCAAGAGAGGAUGGACGCAAUCCUUCAGAAGGAGAAGGAUUUGCAGAACAUGGCCAACUUCACAGCACAGGCGAUACAUAACAUAUCUGCUGCGCCACCUCCCGCGCCCUCUCCGCCCCCCGUACAAUCUGCUAGUACUAGUGCCGAGCCUUCGUCCUCUUGUCCCCAGGGGCAGCGCAGCCACCCGCCUCCCCAAGCUCCAACGAAGGACAGGGCCAAUUCUCCUCAACCCGCUCUUCGUGUGGCCGAGUCCGAAGCGAGGAAGCAGUGGCAGCAUCAGAAAGACAUGGAAGGAGCUUCAAACGACGCGAUAGACUCUAUCAUGGAGAUGACGGGCCUAGAAGAUGUCAAGAUGCAAGUCCUCAGGAUCAAAGACAAAGUUGAUACGACCAAGAGACAGGGCACGUCCCUAGCUGGGGAGCGUUUCAACGUCUCUAUGCUUGGUAAUCCUGGAACCGGCAAAACCACAGUGGCCCGACAUUAUGGAGCCUUCCUUGCGAGCGUUCAGGUCAUUCCCGGAAAUAUGUUCAUCGAAACGACGGGCUCUCGUCUUGCUAACGAUGGAGUUCCCGGUGCAAAGAAAACCAUCGAGACCUUGAUAAACGCUGGAGGUGGAACCAUCUUCGUCGACGAGGCCUAUCAACUCACCAGCGGUCAGAAUCAUGGAGGUGGCCAGGUUCUCGACUUUUUGCUAGCAGAGAUGGAGAACAACGUUGGUAAGAUCGUCUUCAUCUUUGCGGGUUACAACAAGGAGAUGGAGAAGUUCUUUGAACACAACACUGGUCUUAUGAGUCGCGUUCCUUACACUCUACAAUUUAAGGAUUACGAGGACCCGGAGCUCUUGAGUAUGCUCGAAGCCAUGGUAGAGAAGAAGUGGAGGGGGAAAAUGUGUAUCGAAGAGGGUGUAGAGGGUCUCUAUGGACGUAUUGUUGUGAGGCGCUUGGGGCGCGGACGCGGGCGGCCUGGUUUCGGUAACGCAAGGUCGCUACAGAUCAUGUUCAGCAAUAUCUGUGAGCGACAGGCCACUCGGCUAAGCGAGGAACGUAGGAAGGGGAUGCGGCCUGACGACUUUCUCAUCACGAAGGAGGACCUGAUAGGACCAGAUCCAUCGAAGGUUAUGGCGGAGAGUAAGGCUUGGAAGAAGAUGCAGACGAUGAUUGGUCUGACCGCGGUGAAGAAAACGAUCGCCAAUUUCUUCUUUUCUGUCGAUACAAACUACCACCGAGAGUUGCAGGAGAAAGCUCCCAUGCAGGUGUCACUCAACCGCGUGUUCCUUGGAUCUCCAGGUACGGGGAAGACUACAGUCGCAAAGCUUUACGGUCAGAUCUUGGCAGACCUUGGGCUGAUUAGCAACGGUGAAGUUGUCGUCAAAAACCCAGCGGACUUCAUUGGAAGCGCUCUGGGUCAGUCCGAGAGUCAGACCAAGGCUAUCCUUGCCACUACGGUUGGGAAAGUCUUGAUCAUCGAUGAAGCGUACAUGUUAUAUGGCGGCUCAGGAAAUGCUGGCGGGGUUUCAGAUCCGUACAAAACGGCUGUCAUCGACACCAUCGUCGCCGAGGUGCAGAGCGUUCCAGGAGAGGAUCGUUGCGUUCUCCUAUUGGGAUACAAGUCCCAGAUCGAGGAUAUGUUUCAGAACGUGAAUCCGGGCUUAGCACGACGCUUCGCUAUCGAGAACGCAUUCCACUUCCAUGAUUACUCAGAUUCCGAGCUCAUGCAGGCUUUGGAGUGGAAGUUGAAGGACCAGGAGCUGCGUGCUACGGAUGCAGGCAAGAACGUCGCCCUAGAAGUUCUCAGUCGUCUACGAAACAGACCCAAUUUCGGGAACAUAGGCGAGGUCGAGAAUCUUCUGUCCCAAGCCAAGAAUCGGUGGCAACAACGUCAAUCUGAUUUGCCUAUGGAUCUGCGCUCCGCAGACGCGCCAUUCGAGCCUCAAGAUUUCGACCCCGACUUCGAGCGUGGCAAGACCGCUGCCACAAACUUAUCGAAACUCUUUGAGGAUGUUAUCGGCUGUGAUGAUAUCGUUGCAAAGCUGGCUGGCUGGCAGCGUAUGACGCAAAACCUCAAGAACAAAGGGAAGGAUCCACGCCAAACCGUUCCAACGACAUUCAUCUUCAAGGGCCCACCGGGGACAGGCGAGUUGAUCAUCUUCCCAAAAUCAAAUACAGGCAAGACUACGACCGCCAGAAAGAUCGGCUCGGUAUUCUAUGAUAUGGGGUUCCUCUCUUCUACGGAGGUCAUCGAGUGCUCUGCCAGUGAUCUUGUAGGCAGUUACGUCGGUCACACUGGCCCGAAAACGAAGAAGAUGUUCGAGAAGGCUCUAGGACGCGUUCUGUUCGUAGAUGAGGCAUACAGGCUUAGCGAAGGGCAUUUCUCCAAAGAGGCCAUGGACGAGAUCGUUGGCAUGCUGACUCAAGAGGCUUUCAAGGGAAAGCUCAUCGUAGUCCUGGCGGGCUACGAUCGCGAGAUGGACGACCUGAUGCGGGUGAACCCAGGACUCUCCAGCCGUUUCCCCACAGAGAUCAUCUUCCGAAACAUGCCUCCUGAAUAUUGCCUGGAGGUCCUCAGACGGAAGCUGCUGAAGGAUAACGUUCGCGUCGAUGGGCUAGAUGAUCAGUCUUCCACAGAUUACCUUCACAUGAAAGAUCUGCUUCACGAGCUUUCUUCAUUUCCAUCGUUUGGCAAUGCGAGGGACAUGGAGACGCUCUCAAAUCAGAUGAUGGAGGUCGUAUUCUCUGCUCCAAGCUCAGAAGAUUUCGCCGAGGAUAGCUCUAGCGAGUUCCGUCUUACUGCAGACCGAGCCAUAGCCUGCAUCGAAACCAUGUUGUCUGGAAGACGGUCGCGCACAGCUCUCCCAAGCAGCCCUGCUCUGUCACAUCAUCUACCACAGCUAUUUCCUGGUCUACAAGACCCUCCUACCCCUCCGACUAUCCGCACAGCGCAGAACAUCAAACAAGAAACUGCACCUCCACCGCCCCGUGUUGACGAGCAGUCGACUGCACCUGAUGGCCGAGACCCUGGUGUCUCAGACGAGGAGUGGCGCCAACUCCAGGAAGCCAAACGUGCGGCAGAAGAGGAAGAGAAGCGUACUAUCCAGCGGAUGAGGUUGCUUGAGAAGGAGCGACAAGAGGCUGAGGAGCGCGAGGAGAGAGCGAAGGCUGAAGCCGAGAGGCUGAAACUUGCAGCUGCGAAAGCGAAGGAUGAUGCCGAACGUGCAGAGUUGAUGCGGAAGAGAGAGCAGGAGAGGAUCAAGGCGGCGAAGGCGAGAGAAGAACAAGAGAAGCGACGUGCUGCUUUGGAAGAGGAGAAUCGCAAGCGGAAAGAAGAGGCCCAAGUCCAGACGAAGCUACGCAGCAUGGGCGUUUGUCCAAUGGGUUAUCGGUGGAUUAAACAGCCACAUGGUUAUCGUUGCGGUGGCGGCAGUCAUUUCGUAGACAAUGCAUCCCUGGGGCUCUGA